AUGUUGCGUGUGAAUCUAGCAAACAGUGUCGGAAAGGACCAAAAAAGAUAUGGCGUACACCCUCUGUGCUUAAUCCCACUAUGCAUAAAGUCAAGUGGCAGUCUCGUAAUUACCGGGUAUCAAAAAGCCUUGCCUUAUGAGCUAGACAAUCUCAUCUCUUUCAACAAAGACUCCAUCAUCUCACGAAUCCCAUCGGUCUCACCAAACGAGCCACGCCCAGCAACAAAUUCAUGCACGAUUCCACCUAUAUCGAUCCAACUCCUCCCAAGUUGCUUAACAACCCGUUUAUCUCUCAUUAACCCCCUCAACUUCAACACGUCACGCCACUUACUAUCGGCAGCUAAUCAUAACAUAGCCAGCCGAGUUUUCGGGAUCCACUGCCACAAGCAUGGCCGAAACAUUCUGGGCCAAUUCCAACCUGUUGUGGAGCAUGCAGCCCGAAAGCAAAGCACCCCACACAAAGUUAUUGGGCUCCAUAGGCAUAGAGCUCACUACACCAAGAGCCUCCUCGAUAAAACCGGACCUCGAUAA